GAAAGAAAGCAGUAUAAAUAGCAGAGCACAUCAUCUUUGUUCUAUCUAUGAGCUAUCUUGGGCGCAGCACAAAUAAUACCUGUGCGCGAGAGAUCAAGGCCUAUAGUCAUGAGUGGGGGUGCUGAGAUGAUUGCUGGAGCUGUUGUGCAGCGUGUGGCUGGCAUGCUUGGUCAGGCUGCCUGGGAAAGGGUGGAGCUUCUGCAGAGGUUCAGUGAUGAUUUUGAGGAGAUGAAGGGCACCUUGAUCACUGUGAAGGCCGUGACGGCGGAUGCUGAGAAACGCUCCCAACGUAGUGAAUCGGUCCGGCUUUGGCUCAAGAAGCUCAAAUCUGCUGCCUACAACAUUGAAGACAUGAUUGAUGAGCUGGAGGCAAAUACAAAGAUAUGGAGGAGUAGCACAUGCCCGGUUAAAUUGGUGUUUAUGUCAUUCCAUCCACUAAUCACACGCUUCACCCUGUCAAACAAGAUGAGGAAAAUCAGGGAAGAGCUAGAUAAAAUAGCAGAGGAACAUAGAAAGUUCAAUUUUCUGCAACUAGCAGAUACAAGACCUGUGAACAUGAAUAACCAAGAAACAUCUGUGGUUUCUAGUGAUAAAAUUGAGAUGGUAGGAAGAGAAAGUGAAAAAACCAGGAUACUAAAUUUGGCAUUGCAGAAUGAUGAUCCAGCAAAAAUAUCCAUCAUUCCCAUUGUUGGACUUGGUGGUAUGGGUAAGACAACACUUGCAAAAUCUGUUUUUGUUGCUAAGGAGACAAAUAUGUUUGAGGUCAAAGCAUGGGUCCAUGUCUCGAUGGAGUUUGAUGUGAACAAGAUUGUAGCUACUAUUAUCUCUCAGGUUGAAGGUAGCCUCCAAGCAAAUGAUACUAGACUACAGAAUCUAAAUUCUUGCCUUCAACGCAUACUUUCAGGCAAGAUUUUUUUAAUUGUCUUGGAUGACCUAUGGGAGAAAAGGGGAGAUAGUUUGGAGAAAUUGAUGAAAAUGUUACAGUACGGUAAGGAAGGGAGCAAGAUAAUAGUAACCACCCGAAGUGAUCAAGUUGCUAAAGCAUUAUCUAUCAUCCAACCUUCAGAAUUUCAUACCGUUCCACCAACUAGAUUGGAGGCCUUAUCAAGUGAUGAUUGUUUUUCUAUUAUGAAUCCUUCAUUGCAAGGAAAUAGGCUGGAUGUCGACCUUAUCAAGAUUGGAGAAGAAAUUGCUAAGAAAUGUGGUGGAGUACCGCUAGUUGCUAAAGCUCUUGGUUACGUGAUGAAUAAGCAUUGCACAAAAGAAGCAUGGAUUGCACUUAAAGACAGUAAUAUUCUUGAGAUCAAAGAUGAUGAUUAUGGGAUUAUGAGUGGCUUGAUGCUAAGUUAUUACCACAUGCCCUCACACCAGAAACUAUGUUUCAUGUAUUGCUCUGUCUUUCCUAAGAGCCAUAACAUAGAUCAUGACAGCUUGAUUCAACAAUGGGUUGCUCUUGGAUUCAUUCAAGGUGAUCAUGGGAUCUCACUCCACCAAGUUGGUCAGGACUGUAUUAAUGAUUUCUUGGGAAUGUCCUUCCUUACUCAUUCAACUACCCCUGAGGUACUUGAUUCCGGGAGGUUCAAACCCACACUGAAAUUCCAUAUGCAUGAUGUGGUACAUGAUCUCACAAGAUAUGUUGCCAGUGAAGAAUUUUCAUAUGUAAAAACAAUGAUGCACAACAAUAGAACAGACAAUCGGAACUGUCACUAUCAGCUAUUGAUGAAUCAUGAGGAGUCUUCAUCAGCCUUUAAGUCUUUGCCACCAAAGGUUAGGGCCAUGCAUUUCAGAGAAUGCAAUAAACUGCAUCUUCCUAAGCAAGCAUUCUCACAAGCAUUAUAUCUGAGAGUUUUGGAUUUGAGUGGAUGCCAUGUGUCAGAGCUACCGGGUUCUGUUUGUAAACUAAAGCUAUUAAGGUAUCUUGAUGCUUCCAACCUUCCUAUCCCAAACUUUCCUAAAUCCUUGAACCGUCUCCUAAACUUGCAAACCUUGAUACUUUCAAACACUUCUCUGAAGGCACUGCCCACAAACGUUGGUUGCCUCCAAAAGCUGCAAUACUUUGACCUAUCAGGAUGUGUCAACCUUCAUGAACUUCCCACCUCUUUCGGUAACCUCAGUGCUUUGCUCUUCUUAAACUUGGCAAGCUGCCAUGAACUGCCUACCCUUCCAGAAUCCUUUGGCAAGUUGCAUAAGCUUCAGUUUUUGAACCUAUCCGAUUGCUACAAACUCCACUCACUACCAGAAUCUUGUUGUCAACUUCAUGAUCUAACACAUCUUGAGCUGUCGGAUUGCCAUAAUCUUGAAAAGGUCCCAGAUUGCAUUGAUCAACUUUCUAAGCUUGAGUAUCUGAACAUGACAAGCUGUUCCAAGGUUCAAAUGUUGCCCGAGUCUCUAUGCAAACUCAUGAUGUUAAAGCAUCUAAAUUUGUCGUUCUGUGUAAAACUUGAACAUCUGCCUGCUUCUAUUGGUGUUUUACGACUUCAGAGUUUGGAUCUGGAAGGCUGCUUUUUCCUUGAUGGCUUGCCGGAUGGCAUUUUUAACAUGUCUACACUUGUACAUGUCGAACGAGCAGUAUUUGCAAUACAUAUACGUUCUGAAGUUGAUAAACUUAGGGAACAACUAAACCUGGAAAGGUCAUGUGAGCUUGAUGGACGUGGUGAUCUAUGGAGUCAAAUUUUAGAGCUCGAGAAGACAGGGUGCCUUGAGCUGCAGAUCAAAGAUCUUCAGAAUGUCAAGAAUCUGGAAGGGGCAGACCAGGCAAAACUGUUGAACAGCUCAAAUCUUACGAGUCUGUGGCUUUCAUGGGGACAUGGUGAAAGUAGUAUGGUGGAGCAUGCAGAUGCAUCGGUUGACAAAUCGGUGCUGGAGAAGCUUGUGCCUCCUAGAAAUCUCCGACACCUUCAUCUUAAUGGUUACAUGAGCAUAGACUUCUCUAGAUGGAUGCUGGACCUUCCUUCCUACCUACCUCAUCUUUCCACCAUCGUUCUUCUCAAUCUGAAAGGGUGCAGCCACCUCCCUCCACUUGGGCGCCUGCCAAAUUUGAGAGCAUUGUGGUUGGGUAGAAUGCCCAAUCUCAAAAGUGUCGGGAGGGAAUUUUAUGGGGAUCACGGAAGUUGCUCGAAGCUAAGAAUAAUUCUUUUGAUGGAAAUGGACAACUUGGAAGGGUGGUGGACAACGAGAACGUCUAAUGAAGAUGAAGAGUUCUUAAUCCCUAAUUUACAUCUGUUGUUUGCUGCCGAUUGCCCAAAGUUGAAAUUCCUGCCUUAUCCCCCAAGGAGCGUGACCUGGAUCGUAAACAAUAGCGAUCACGUUUUGCCGGAACAUGGGUUUGGGAACCUCUCAUCUAUCACUUCUCCAUAUGUCCUUUGUAUAAUGGGCACAUCUCCUUCUCCUGAAGCGUGGCAUAGGGCCCGGUAUCUCUGUUCUAUCGAGUGCCUUGUUCUUCUGUCCCUCACGGGUCUUACAACAUUGCCACAGGUUAUCCGAUGCUUCAUCUCCCUCCGGGAAUUCUCCGUAGAUGGCUGUGAUGACUUGGAGACACUGCCAGAAUGGCUGGGAGAUUUUACUUCUUUGAGAGAAAUUGAAAUCGUCUCAUGCCCAAUGCUAUCUUCACUGCCAGAAAGCAUACAGCGUCUUACUGAGUUAAAGAAACUGCGGAUCACGGACUGCCCAGCACUGUCAGAGAAGUGCCAAGGAGAGGACAAGCACAAGAUCGCUCAUAUUCCAGAAGUUGAAUUCGAGUAACAGAAGCUUCACACCUCAUCUAGCAUGGCUACCUUGAGGCCUGUCAAGGAUCUACCAUAUACUACCCGGCCUCUCAAAUCAUAGUUAGCUUUUCAGCAGCUCAUUGUAUUUUGUUUGAAAUGAUGGUUAGCUGUUCAAAUUCCGUAUGCAUUAUGUAUACAAGGAGAGCCGGGUAUCUUCGUCCAAACGUCGUUGCCUGUGUAAAGCAUCAGACGGGCCACCAUCAGGUUGCUCUCUCCAGGGUCUUAGCUGACCGGCCACUUCAAGAACCGUUGUAGAACAGCUCGAAGGCUCAACCGCCGCCCAGCGGCGGCACGCUCGUCACGCCGGUCAUGUUUCCCUUGCAUCGCAAGGAGAACAUGUUCAUGGCCUCGUCGAACUAUCGGGAGGAACGGGAGGAACACGUCGGGCCACCUGACCGUGACGUUGUGCACGGCGUCACUGUACUCAGCAUGGCACCGCCUGCCACCGGGAGUGGCGCCACGGACGUCCACGCUGACCACCACCUCAUAAGCUGAAAGUGUCGUCGAAAUGUUCUUGCCUGUUUAAAGCAUGUAAAGCAUAAGGUACAGUUUCAUUUCGAAUGUGCUUUCAUCCUGGCCUGCAUGAACUUGCAUUACAUAGAGUUUCUUUUAGGGGUUAUCUGUUAACUGCGUUGAUGAAGUCAUGCAUUUUAUCUUGAAUUCAUAGUGCAUUUGAUCAGCAUCAGUUAUCUGGAGCUAACAAGUGAGGAUCCGACUUCGGAUAUAGUGGUGUAGCACAGGCAAUGAGAAAAUGAAGCGAGAUGGUCUGAAAUUUGUUGUGCAUCGUGCCUGAGGACCACAAUGAUACUGCUGCAAAAUGUUCACGCAACAAUAGAGAUGCCUACAAAGCUUGUGCUGCUAGAGUACAAGUACAACACUCUGUUACUGGCUCAAAGACGACUCAGUUAAAUUGCAGGGAAUUGAUCAUUGACCAUCGAAAAGAUUUGAGACUGAUAUAAUGGAGCUCUUAAUCCUCAAGUGCAUCUCUAUUUUAAGCAAGAACUUGCAGCCUACUAAAAUUUCUAAAUGGCCAUGUCACUAGUUCCCCGGUUAGUUUACAAUGGACAUUGGUGUAAAGUGAUUUCUUAAUCUACUUUUAUUUAAAAUCGACUAUAUAUUGUAAGUUAUCAAAUAUAUAUAUAUAU